CCAUUUUGGCUCAAGCCUUUUUUGGCCCACGCCGCUUGGGCUGCGGCCAGCCGCUCUGGGCCGUGCCGUGGGCUCCGAGGCGAGAGAAAGCGCGCGGGCCUGGCUGCGGGGCCGAUCGAGCCGCAGCAGACGGUGAGCCGCAUGCGCCUCACGUUCAGCGACAGCAUCGAGGUCAUCCAGUUCGACCCCGAGUGCCGGACCCCUGGCCAGGGCAGCGUUCUUGCCGUGGUGAUCGCGAGCCCGCGGGCCGCGAGGCGGAAGACGCCGUCCCCGCCUCCCGCGAAGGUUGCUGGCGGCGGUGCUUCGGAGGCACCCCUGCUGCAUGCAACUGUUUCUCGCGGGGGCUCCUGGCCAGUCUCUUCGAGCUCGUCGCCCUCACCGUGGACUGGGCGGUCGCAUUGCAGGCUGAGCAACGAGCCAGUCGACAGCGACGCGGGGGAGGCCGCCGAAGAGAGCGUGUUCGCAAUGGCGGCCCAGAGGCGACACAUCCGCCGCAGCGUCACUGCCAAUCUUGGGCCGGGCCUUCCCCCGCACGUCUUGCCGGCGGUGAUGACGUCGAAGAUCCUUUCACGGCGUCGAGGGGCAGGCCAGACGGGAAUUCGCCUCAGUGCAGAUGGCAGCACGUGCUGCUCCGCCGUGGACGGCGUCCGGCGAGUCAGUUCAUGCUCGACAUCGUCAUCGGACUGA